AUGGAUAAUGCCAUAAGUCCUAAAAUGCCAUUCAAUGAAACUGGAGAAUGUAUUGCUUAUUUUGUCCGUGAAGCGUCUAAAAAUACCAACAUGUACAAUAUAGGCACAUUAAAAGCUCGAUUUCCCGAAAUACUCGAACGAGCAGCAAGUGGUUUGAUUGCUGAGGGUGAACUGGUAGGAUGUAGGGAAGAAGCAGAAUCAAUGGCUGAUCAAUUGCGACAGCUAACCAAAUGCAACUUCAAAGAUGCUGGCGAAUGUUGUGCUCGCUUAUAUGCAAUGGAAAGUUUUCUUUAUCGAAAAUUUAACGAAGUGAUGCGGCUAGUGGGACAAGUUGAACAAGAACAUAUAUGGAAAAGCAAGCUUGAUACGUUUGGUCCUUUCGCAUUUCUUUUACAAAACUACAUGCUAACCGUGUCCCUUCGUCCCAAUCUAACUAUUUACCGUGGCGCACAUCUAUCGAACGAGACAGUCCAAAGUUUUAGGGAUGCAAUCGACAAAGGGUAUCGUUCUUUUCAAGCAUUCACAUCUGGCAGUCGGAAUCGACCCAAAGCAGAACAUCGAACCGUUCAAAAACUGUGUUAUACGUGAGUACGCACUAUGUUAAAACCAACAUUGCGAGAUAUAUUAUAAUCAAAUAAACUUUAAUUUGGCAAUAUUUUAUUUAUCAUGGCUCUAGAUUAUGCAUAUUCGAUUGAUAUGGCUCCAUUCUCAAGUUUUCCCGAAGAAGAAGAACAACUUCUCUAUCCUGGUUCUACAUUCAUUAUUAAGUCAAUCGAAUACGAUGCACAAACGAGAAAACAUCUGAUUUAUCUAUCCAUAAGAUAACCAACUGUCUUGAAUUGAAUUCAAUACUCCACUGUUGACCAUAGAUAUUUGCUUGAAAUACAGUUCUCCUGAAGAGUUUACAAAGAUCUGUUGUCCUAUCAACACUGUGACAUUUUUUGUGUGCAAACCAGCUUCUCAAGUACUUUUGAGACAGU